AUUCAUAUGAUAACUACAAGCACUAGCAACUCCACCAUCAAAAAAAGAAACCAUUCCCAUCAACUUGGCCAACAUUUCUAUUCUUCAAAAACCCUCCAAAAGUUUCCAUUAAAACCUAAAACAAAAACACAACCCCUCUUCAUAUUCUUUAUAUAAUCAUGUGGAAUAUAUUAGUAACAAUGAGGAAAAACUUACAAAAUAUGGGAAAAAGUCCAAGAGUUGGAGAUGAAAAUAUGAUUAAUAUUAGAGUUGAUCAAACUGCAGGAGGAAGAUCAUCAAGGCAGAAUUGGCAUGGUUUUUCGAUUAUAUAUGGCAUUUUACGCGCACCUAUUUAUUUGUUUUCGUGCUUAAAUCAUCCGCGGAUUAAUGGAACAGAUGGAGUUUGGGUUUCUGGAGAUUUUUCUCAAGUUUCUGAAAUGAAUCAUCUUAUGGUUAGUGAUAGUAUGAGGUAUGCAAUAUUAAUGUGAAAAAAGAAAAUGGUGAAGAAAUGAAAUGAAGACUUUUGUUAUAUAUAGUAAGGAUUAUGAGCACUCUCUUUUUUUUUUUUUUUUUUUGGUUAAAAAAAAGAAGAAACUUUUCUAGUAUUGUAUAGGGGAAGGGAAGGGAGACUGGAAUGAGCAUGUUAUCAAAAUCUUUGGUAGUUUAUCAGUUCUGUUGGGAGAGUUCAGGUCAUAAUUUUGUCUUUUGGAUUGGAAGUAAAUAAUGAAGGAACUAGUUAGACUAUUUUUUUUUUUUUUUUUUUUUCUUUUUUAUAAUUAUUGGGACAAAGUUUUGUAUUGAAGUUUGUUGAGAUAAUGAAUAAAAUUGCAUGAAUUUGGGGUCA